GUGGCAGCUGAAGUGAGGAAGCAGAUCUCUGGACAGUAUAGUGGUUCUCCCCAGCUGCUCAAAAACCUCAACAUUGUUGGCAAUAUAUCCCAUCAUACCACAGUUCCCCUUACUGAAGCAGUGGAUCCGGUGGACUUGGAAGAAUACCUCAUUACUCAUCCUUUAGCUGUGGAUUCUGGGCCUUUGCGGGAUUUGAUUGAAUUUCCUCCAGAUGAUGUUGAGGUUGUUUAUAGUCCUCGGGACUGCAGAACCCUUGUUUCAGCUGUACCUGAAGAAAGUGAGAUGGAUCCACAUGUUAGAGAUUGCAUAAGAAGUUAUACAGAAGACUGGGCAAUUGUGAUCAGAAAGUAUCAUAAACUGGGAACAGGAUUUAAUCCCAACACAUUAGAUAAACAGAAAGAAAGGCAAAAAGGUUUGCCAAAGCAGGUCUUUGAAUCUGAUGACGCUCCAGAUGGCAACAACUACCAGGAUGAUCAAGAUGAUCUUAAAAGACGUUCAAUGUCGAUAGAUGAUACCCCGAGGGGUAGCUGGGCCUGUAGUAUCUUCGACUUGAAAAAUUCCCUUCCUGAUGCUUUGCUUCCCAAUCUGCUUGAUCGAACUCCAAAUGAAGAAAUAGACCAUCAAAAUGAUGACCAAAGGAAAUCAAAUCGUCACAAAGAACUCUUUGCUUUGCAUCCAUCGCCAGAUGAGGAAGAACCAAUAGAACGGCUUAGUGUUCCUGAUGUACCCAAAGAACAUUUUGGUCAAAGACUUCUUGUAAAAUGUCUAUCACUCAAGUUUGAAAUUGAAAUUGAACCCAUUUUUGCAAGUUUGGCUUUAUAUGACGUCAAGGAAAAGAAAAAGAUAUCAGAAAACUUUUAUUUUGACCUUAAUUCUGAGCAGAUGAAAGGAUUGCUACGUCCACAUAUACCACCUGCUGCCAUUACCACCCUGGCAAGAUCAGCUAUUUUUUCUAUCACUUAUCCUUCCCAAGAUGUUUUUCUUGUAAUAAAGCUAGAAAAAGUCUUACAACAAGGAGAUAUUGGAGAGUGUGCAGAACCAUAUAUGAUUUUCAAAGAAGCAGAUGCCACCAAGAAUAAGGAGAAAUUGGAGAAGCUGAAAAGUCAAGCAGACCAAUUUUGCCAAAGACUUGGGAAAUAUCGCAUGCCUUUUGCUUGGACUGCCAUCCACUUAAUGAACAUUGUUAGCAGUGCUGGGAGUUUGGAAAGAGAUUCUACAGAAGUAGAAAUUAGCACUGGAGAACGAAAAGGGUCUUGGUCAGAGAGGAGGAAUUCUAGUAUUGUUGGCAGACGAUCACUUGAAAGGACAACAAGUGGAGAUGAUGCUUGUAACUUGACCAGCUUCCGACCAGCUACUCUCACAGUGACAAAUUUUUUUAAGCAGGAAGGAGACCGCUUAAGCGAUGAAGAUCUAUACAAAUUCCUUGCUGAUAUGAGAAGGCCGUCUUCUGUCUUACGGCGACUAAGACCUAUCACAGCUCAACUGAAGAUAGACAUUUCUCCUGCACCCGACAAUCCCCAUUAUUGCCUAACCCCGGAGCUGCUUCAAGUGAAGCUUUACCCUGACAGUAGAGUUAGACCUACCAGAGAAAUUUUAGAGUUUCCUGCCAGGGAUGUUUAUGUUCCAAACACUACUUAUAGAAAUCUUCUCUACAUAUACCCUCAGAGUCUUAAUUUUGCCAAUCGUCAAGGUUCUGCCAGAAAUAUAACAGUGAAAGUCCAGUUUAUGUAUGGAGAGGAUCCGAGCAAUGCCAUGCCGGUAAUCUUUGGUAAAUCUAGCUGUUCAGAAUUUUCAAAAGAAGCCUAUACAGCCGUAGUAUAUCAUAACAGGUCUCCUGAUUUUCAUGAAGAAAUCAAGGUUAAGCUCCCUGCUACUUUAACUGACCAUCAUCACUUGCUUUUUACUUUUUAUCAUGUUAGUUGUCAACAAAAACAAAACACUCCUCUUGAAACUCCAGUUGGAUAUACGUGGAUACCAAUGCUUCAGAAUGGGCGGUUGAAGACAGGCCAGUUUUGCCUACCAGUCUCAUUGGAAAAACCACCACAGGCUUAUUCUGUGCUGUCUCCCGAGGUUCCUCUACCUGGCAUGAAAUGGGUAGAUAAUCACAAAGGGGUUUUCAAUGUUGAAGUUGUUGCUGUUUCAUCUAUUCAUACACAAGAUCCUUACCUUGACAAGUUUUUUGCUCUGGUCAAUGCUCUGGAUGAACACAUGUUCCCAGUCCGAAUUGGAGACAUGCGAAUCAUGGAAAACAACUUAGAAAAUGAAUUGAAGAGCAGUAUUUCCGCACUGAAUUCAUCUCAGCUGGAGCCAGUGGUUCGAUUUCUUCAUCUGUUGCUUGAUAAACUGAUACUUUUAGUUGUCAGACCUCCUGUCAUUGCUGGCCAAAUAGUCAAUCUAGGUCAAGCAUCUUUUGAAGCCAUGGCAUCAAUUAUAAAUCGACUUCACAAGAACUUGGAAGGAAACCAUGAUCAGCAUGGCAGAAACAGCCUUCUUGCAUCAUAUAUUUAUUAUGUUUUUCGCCUACCAAAUAUGUACCCUAACUCACCAUCACCAGGUCCUGGAGGUCUGGGAGGAUCAGUGCAUUAUGCCACAAUGGCUAGAUCUGCUGUGAGACCUGCAAGCCUUAACUUAAAUCGUUCUCGGAGCCUUAGUAAUAGUAACCCAGACAUAUCUGGGACUCCCACGUCACCAGAUGAUGAAGUUCGGUCAAUCAUCGGGAGUAAGGGUUUAGAUCGCUCCAAUUCCUGGGUUAACACUGGUGGUCCAAAAGCUGCCCCAUGGGGAUCCAACCCCAGUCCAAGUGCAGACUCAACACAGGCUAUGGAUCGAAGUUGUAAUCGUAUGUCUUCGCACACAGAGACGUCAAGUUUCUUACAAACAUUAACGGGACGCUUACCAACUAAAAAGCUUUUUCAUGAGGAGCUGGCUUUGCAGUGGGUUGUUUGCAGUGGCAGCGUUCGGGAGUCAGCUUUGCAACAAGCCUGGUUCUUUUUUGAGUUAAUGGUAAAAAGCAUGGUGCACCAUUUAUACUUUAAUGAUAAACUUGAUGCUCCAAGGAAAAGUCGUUUUCCAGAACGUUUCAUGGAUGACAUUGCUGCUCUUGUUAGCACAAUCGCUAGUGACAUAGUUUCAAGACUUCAGAAGGACACAGAAAUGGUUGAGAGACUCAACACAAGCCUCGCAUUCUUUCUUAAUGAUCUGUUGUCUGUUAUGGACAGAGGAUUUGUUUUUAGCCUUGUAAGGUCCUGCUAUAAACAGGUGUCUUCAAAGCUUUAUUCAUUACCAAACCCAAGUGUCUUGGUGUCCUUGAGACUGGAUUUUCUGCGAAUCAUCUGCAGCCAUGAGCACUAUGUCACAUUGAACUUGCCCUGCAGCUUGCUUACUCCACCAGCCUCUCCAUCACCUUCUGUUUCUUCUGCAACAUCUCAGAGUUCUGGGUUUUCCACAAAUGUACAAGACCAGAAGAUUGCAAAUAUGUUUGAAUUGUCCCUGCCUUUUCGCCAGCAGCAUUAUUUGGCAGGACUCGUGUUAACAGAACUGGCUGUCAUUUUAGAUCCUGAUGCCGAAGGGUGA